AUGUUGCAAGUAUUUUUGUUCGCAUUGGCCAUAGUGGCCGCAAGGGCCACCCAUUUCUCCUCCCUGGAAGGCCAUGGCCUCGUCAGCGAGCCGAAACUCAUCUCGCAAUCGGUGCACCUGAAAGAGAUACCCACGAAAAUCAUCAAGGUCACUAAAACCGCAGUGGUCAAAGUGCCAGUGCCGUAUCCAGUCAAGGUACCCCAUCACAUACCCGUCCCGGUGCCAGUAAACCAUCCCAUCGCAGUUCCGUAUACGAAGCUAGUGAAAGUCCAGGAACACGUGCCGGUCGAGGUGUCUAAGCCGGUCCCGAUCGCGAUUCAUCAACAAGUACCGGUGGUGGUGCCGAAGGCAGUCCCGGUGCCCCAGCCGAUUCCGGUUCCCCAGCCGGUAACGGUGAACAAGCCAGUCUUCUACCCGGUACCACACCCGAUUCCAUAUCAGGCUCAUGGCCAUUCCGAGGGUGGUAUCGGCGGUGGAGGCGGUGGCUACGACUCGGAAGACCACAUCGGCCACGAGUCGGAGAGCUACAGCUCUUACACGGUGAACGAUCAGGGCCACGACCAAGGUGGACAGGGUGGACACUUCCAACCCUCUCAGCCGGAUUACCAUUCGCAUCAUUGA